AUGGCUCGUCGUUCAUUGCUUUCAUUAAGCCGUUUGUUAAGACGCACCGUUUUACACGAAACUCGCCCAAUACCGCAUUUUAGCAGAUCAAUAUAUACCUUGAGCCUUAAUAAUGGUCUUCCACAACCGACAACACUUAAUAAAAUUGAAAGUAAAUUCAUUGGAAGUUUUGUGGCUCACAAUUACCAACAAAUCCGAACAAUGUUCAUUCAAACGGAAACCACUCCAAAUCAAGACUCGUUGAAAUUUAUUCCAGGAGUACAGGUAAUGCAAUCGGGCGGUACUGCUGAAUUUUUGUCUAUUCGCGAAGCCAUGACUUCUCCCCUCGCCAAAAAACUUUUCACGAUUGAAGGUGUGACCGGAGUCUUCUUUGGACCCGAUUUUAUAACAGUGUCCAAGGACACCGACACACCUUGGCAGAUUAUGAAACCAGACAUAUAUGCCAAUAUUAUGGACUUUUUCGCAUCAGGACAGCCCAUACUUACCGAAGAGCAAGCACCAUCUGAUACAACCAUUCUACCUGAUGAUUCGGAAGUGGUUCAGAUGAUUAAACAGCUGCUAGACACUCAUGUACGUCCUGCUAUUCAAGAGGAUGGAGGAGAUAUCGAAUACAGAGGAUUCGAGAAUGGAAUUGUUAAAUUGAAGUUAAGAGGCAGUUGUAGGACGUGUGAUUCAUCAGUGGUCACGUUACGGAAUGGAAUUGAAAGCAUGUUAAUGCAUUAUAUUCCGGAUGUCACUGGCGUUGAACAAGUUUUAGAUGCGGACGAGGAAGUCUCGCAGAAAGAGUUCGAGAAGUUGGAGAAGAAAUUAUCAGUUGUUUAA